AGGGGAAGGUGAUUAGUGGGACUCUCCGGGGGGUUGGUUGUCAGGGGGUUUGGGGGGGUUACUACAGGCCCGGUGCCCCGAGCUGUUAGGUGGUGGGGGCACCGGUGAGAAUGGCUGUUCCACGACCGCUUCAGCACUGAGACGUGUGGAUAGACCGACCGAGAACGCCCGGAGGAGGAUGAGCCUGCUGUGUGCGCAGUAUCUCAGGCAGGCUGAAGUCCUGAAAACAGAUAUGACAGAAUCCAAGCCCGGUACAGCCGAGGUGUGGACUUCCCGUCAGGCUCUACAAGAUUUGUACCAGAAGAUGCUGGUGACAGACCUUGAGUAUGCACUGGACAAAAAGGUGGAACAGGAUCUCUGGAAUCAUGCCUUCAAAAAUCAGAUAACGACAUUGCAAGGACAAGCCAAGAACCGAGCUAAUCCAAAUCGCAGUGAGGUACAGGCCAAUUUGUCACUGUUCCUAGAGGCAGCUAGUGGCUUUUAUACACAGCUUUUGCAGGAGCUUUGCACUGUGUUUAAUGUGGAUCUGCCAUGUCGUGUGAAGUCCUCCCAGCUGGGCAUUUUAACCAUUAAGCAGCUGCACUCUGGAACAGUUGUGAAGCCUCAGUCCAGUUCCUGCGCUUAUAUCUGUCAGCAUUGCCUGGUUCAUCUUGGAGACAUUGCUCGCUAUAGGAACCAGACAAGCCAGGCUGAAUCCUAUUACAGACAUGCUGCUCAACUUGUCCCUUCCAAUGGUCAGCCAUAUAAUCAGCUGGCUAUUCUCGCCUCUUCAAAAGGGGACCAUUUGACCACUAUUUUCUACUACUGCCGCAGCAUCGCUGUCAAGUUUCCUUUCCCAGCAGCCUCCACCAAUUUGCAGAAGGCCCUUUCCAAAGCCUUGGAAAGUCGUGAAGAGGUGAAAAAUUGCUGGGGUGUAUCAGACUUUAUAAAGGCUUUCAUAAAGUUCCAUGGACAUGUGUACCUAACAAAGAACUUAGAAAAAGUAAGCAUACUGCGGGAACAGCUGGAAGAACACUUCAAGAAUUUGCUUUUUCAGAAAGCGCUAAACUCCCAGCAGCUGGUUCAUAUCACAGUGAUAAACCUGUUUCAGCUGCACCAUCUGCAAAGCUUUGGCACUGAGGCAGAGCAACAGAAUUUUAGCAGUGAGGAGGAACUCUGCUGGUCCCAAAUCUUGGCCCUCUUUAUGUCAUUCUUAGGCAUCCUGUGCCGGUUUCCCUUAAAGACCCGUCACUGUGAGGAAACCUCCUGUGCCAACCCACUACCUGCUAUCAAGGUGUCGUUAGACUGGAUGAAGCUGCGUCCCAGUGUCUUCCAAGAGAACUCGGUUGAGGAAAAACAAUAUGUAUGGCCAUGGCUCAUUUCUCUCCUCAACAGUUUCCAUGUGCUGGAUGAAGAUGUCUCUAGUGCUAACAUGCUGCCUCUCCCAGAGGAGUUUGAGUUGCAAGGAUUUCUGGCACUUCGACCUGCUUUUAGAAACCUAGAUUUCUCUAGAGGACACCAAGCCAUCACUGGAGUUAGAGAUGCCCAGCACCGGCAACUAAGACCAAUACGACUUGUGGCUAUUGGAAAAUGGAUCUCUGAAAAUCAGCCUCGGUUGAUGCAAUAUCGUACUGUUGGGGGUGAACUAUUGUUCUUUACUGACAUACCUGAGCUUUUGACUGAAGACUUGGAUGAUCCCGAGGACAGAUCUUCCCCGCAAGAGUCCAACCUUAUAGAGAAAACUGAAGGAAGCCCAGGUUUAAAAUCGGUAUUAUCCACUGGCCGAAGCCUAAGCUGUGACACAAAUGAAAAGCCAGUGGUUACUUUUAAAGAGAACAUUAAGCCGCUAGAAGUAAACCGGGAUGUACCGUCACGCAGCUACACCAGAUCGGGAAAUGUUGCCAAGGAUCAGAGAGACUAUAUCAAAAGUUUAAAUAAUUCUGUUAACAAAAAAGACAACAAUAACAAAAGAAAGAAUGAUCCUAAGAAAAUCUGUGUUGAGAAGACUGCAGAACCUGGGAAGCAAAGCAUUGCAGUUCAGGCGAAAUCUCAAACAGAGUUAAGAAAAACUCCAGUCUCUGAAGCCAGAAAAACAGCAGUGACUCCAACAUCCAGUCCAAGCAGUAACACACAGUUUAUCCCUAUUCAUCAUCCUGGGGCUUUUCCACCUCUUCCCAGCCGGCCAGGUUUUCCCCCACCAGCUUAUGUUAUACCACCUCCUGUAUUUACCAUGAGCUCUGGCUAUUCCUUUCCUACUGGUGUUAAUGUGCCAGGGUCUUUCCUGCAGCCUUCAUCUCAUUCGCCAUCUGGGAACCAGGGUCCUCCUGGGAAACCGUCCCACAUUCCUUACAGUCAGCAGCGCCCUUCUGGUCCAGUGACUCCUAACCAGUUAAGCGGCCAAAUCCAACCACAGACCCCAUCCAGUUCACCGACCCAGUCGUGUAGUCAGACUGCAGCACAACUACAGAUCCAAGCACUUGCUCAGCAGCAGUCUCCAACUAAACCCAUACAAUCCAUUCCCAAGCAUCAUGCAUCUCUUCAGCAGUACCAACAGGUGGAUGCAUCAAAGCAGGUCUGGAAUACUUCUCAGGUCCCAAACACCCUGGGAAAGAUGGUACCUAUGAAGCAAUCAUAUUACAUGGAUGGCUGUUUGCCAACAGAACCUGUAAAUAUACUGGAGCAGUGUCUACAGCAGCAGCCUCUGGAGAAGAAGAUGACCUCUUUUCCCAUGGAACCCUAUGGUCAGAACCCUUCUGAUGUCAAGAUGCCAGAAUUCUACUGGGGUGACCCACCAUCCUACAACUUAAGUGACAACAGGGCUCUCUUGGCACAACAAUCUGUAAAUAACCAAAGGAGCAAACGCCAGCCCACAGGCUACCAUUCUGGCCAAGAUCAAAUGACUAGAAUGCCAUUUGAGGAACCCAAGCGUUCCCCUCUCCUGCCCCCGGACCUGUUAAAGAGUCUGGCUGCUCUAGAGGAGGAGGAAGAGCUGGGAUUCUCCCCUCCUCCUGACCUUUACCCAGCUCUGUUCGGCCCUCUGGCUUCUCUCCCUGGACGAAGCCUCUUUAAGUCUCUCCUGGAAAAGCAAUCUGAACUGAUAUCCCAGCCCCCCUCUUUCCUCUCACUCUCUGGAUUUUCACUAAGCCAGGAACGGUUCCCAAAUAACAGCAUGUUUAACGAGGUGUAUGGAAAAUCCACCUGCACAAGCAUAAAGCCUGAGGCAUGCCAAGCCAGGGGACAACAGGAGACUUCCCUGUACUCUCUCUUUGAGGGUAAACCAUGGUCUCCUUCCCUUCCCGCAAGCUCAGAUCACUCUACGCCAGCCAGCCAGUCACCUCAUUCUUCAAAUCCAAGCAGCCUACCCAGCUCUCCUCCCACCCACAAUCAUACCUCCCAGCCCUUCUCUAACUUUGGUCCUAUUGGCACUCCAGAUAACCGAGAUCGCCGUGGAACUGACCGCUGGAAGGCUGAAAAGCCAGUUUCAGCAAUGGGUGGGUUUGGGCUGGACUACUUGUCUGUGACUCCAUCUUCUGAGAAUAGCUGGCGCCAAGUUAAUAAUUCAAGUAGUGCUAAUGCUUGGGCUGCUCAAGGUAACACCCGAGAGGACUCUUCUGCUGCUCUUAUGGAAAGUUUAAAGUCUAUUUGGUCAACCACAAUGAUGCAUCCUGGACCUUCUGCCUUGGAACAACUUUUGAUGCAGCAGAAGGAGAAGCAGCAGCGAGGGCAGGGGUCACUGAACCCUCCGCACUGAAAAAGAGAGGGAGAAGAACCCAGUGACACAUGGCAUGACUGGUCAGCACAGGACAUAACCUGUCCUGAGCCCUAAGGAGGGCGGCCCUCUCUCCCCUCCUCACUGAUCUGGGGGGGAGCACAUGUGGGAGAGCAUCCAGCAUCUCCCACCAGUCUGACAACCCCAAGCCCCGUAGGCGGCAACGUCACUUGACGGACACAGCAGGAAGUUCCUCUCCAGAGGGAGCGUGGGACUUCUUGAGUUGGGGGAAUGGGGUUAACCUGCCCCCAUCUUUCUCGUUAUUUGUGCAUGCCUCUCACAGCACCCUCCCAAACUUCUGCCUAACACAGUUAGUGAAUGUCCCCUAGCAGUGCAAAGCAGAAAGGGGAAACGAACCUUCCCUUCAACAUCAAAGUUGUAAUAAGUUUUUUUUAUUUAAGGUUCUGUUUGCAGGUGUUGGGUGCACAAGGACACCCCAAUAUCCAAUUUGUAGCGUAGCUGAAUGGCAGGAACUUGCUCCAAUAGGAGUGCAAGAGCUGGUCCACUCUCAUUUACCGGCUUCUGCUGGCUUUUAUGAAGUGUGACUUGCUUGGGUGGCUUUUUUUCUUUCUCCCUUAUGGGGGAAUGGGUGAGGGGUUGAGUGUCUGUCAUGGUUAAGGAUGCCUCCUUGUUUCCACUGAGUGUCCUUAAUCUGCUCUGUCUGUCUCUCCUUGCCUGCUUUAUUGUCAUAUGUGCUUGUCUGUGAGCGAAUGUGUGUGAGCUCAAUGUUCCCUAAGGCUGAGUAUUGAAGGAUGGGUGCUGGCAUAUAAAUUGAGGUGCUUUUAAUGUGGGGCAGAAAUUAGAACAAGUAGAGGCUUAACAGCCAUAGGCUGCUCUAUAGCCUCACAUUUGGUACAGCUAGGUAGAGCUGGAGUUUUUUUUUUCUCUGCUGACCCUUUAUAAAGUCCUUUCCAUAUGGCAGAGGGGUAACCAUUUUCAGGACAGAUAGCAAAGCAGUGCUGGUUAGAAAAGCCAGAGCUCAUAGCACAAAACAAGAACAUGAAUUGUUCUGUCCCUUCCCUACUCCGGCAUCAUGAAAGGGUUGCACAAAAGCAGUGAGAGGUUUGGAACAUUUUUGCUAUUAUGUGACCAGGAUAAAUGUGAUCAAAUACAAAAACUAUGUAUAAGGAGCAGGGGCACUUUCACUUUUAAAAUUCAAUGAAUGAACGAAGUCUUUGAGCCUUGUCUUUAUCAUCGGCUUCCCCUUAAGUGUGGGUGUGUCUUUGUGUAUGGCAAGGGUACCAGAUGUACUCUAGUAUGUGCAGCACUUCAUAGAACAAACAUAAAUACACAAGUUGCACACUGUUUGGGGCUGGACUUGUUCGUAAUGUUGGACUAAUGGAGAAAUUAUUCCCUGUGACUGGAAAGAGGUGGGGUAAGGUGACCAUCUGGCCAACCUUCCUUUAGCAGGAUCUAGAGAGUGUGGAGACUCUUAUUCACUCCCACUUUUCCUCGUGUUCUUGUGUGAGCACUGUGCUCGGAUCUGCUUUACCAUUAAUAAACUCAUCUUCUCUACA